AUGCCGAUGGCAGGGAGAUCCUCCGCGGCGGCGGCGGGAGGAGGAGGGAGGAUGGUGCUGGGGGGCGGCGGCGCUGGACCGGGGGCGGAGGACGCGGUGGUGAUGGAGCUGGCGGCGGGGGACGGCGAGGACAGCGUCGUCACCGUCAACUGCCCCGACCAGGCCGGCCUCGGCUGCGACCUCUGCCGCACCAUCCUCGAGUUCGGCCUCCGCAUCACCCGCGGCGACGUGUCGACGGACGGGCAAUGGUGCUAUGUGAUCUUCUGGGUGGUGCCGCGCUCGCAGUCGAUCAACAUCCGGUGGUCGAGCCUCAAGAACAGGCUAAUGUCCAUGUGCCCUUCGUCCUACAACAUCCCGUUCUACCAUGACAUCAACCCACCAGGGCCUCCGCAGUUCUACCUCCUCAAGCUCUUCUCCGAUGACCGGAAGGGGCUGUUGCACGACGUGACGCAUAUCCUGUCGGACCUAGAGCUUCUAAUCCAGAGAGUCAAAGUGUCGACGACGCCUGACGGGAGGGUUGUGAACCUCUUCUUUAUCACUGACGGCAUGGAGCUGUUGCAUACGAAGGAACGGCAAGAAGAGACCUGCUCGAUGCUGAUCGAUACCUUAGGUCCUUCCGUAAGCUGUGAAAUCCUAUCAGCAGAAGGGUUCCAGCAAGGAUUUUCCUCUCUUCCACCGACAAUCUCCGAAGAACUGUUCAGGCUGCAACUAGAUGACUGCGAGAGCAGUUCAGGAUCUCUUUCGGCCGAGAUGAAAAAGGUGCAGAAGGCCAGCAUCAAAUUUGACAAUUCCCUCAGUCCUGCGCACACGCUGCUCCAGAUUAUUUGUGUAGAUCAGAAGGGGCUCAUUUAUGACAUGCUGAGAACACUCAAGGACUGCAACAUUAAGGUAACUUAUGGGCGAUUCUGGUCGGACAAGAAAGGUUUUCGAGAGGUAGAUCUUUUUAUCAAGCAAGCAGAUGGCAAGAAGGUUAUUGAUUCUGAGAAACAGGAUGCUCUGCAAUCACGCAUGAGGUCCGAGAUGCUCCAUCCUCUCAGGGUGAUGAUCGUCAAUCGUGGACCUGACACAGAACUCCUUGUGGCCAACCCUGUUGAACUAUCUGGGAAGGGGCGGCCACGUGUAUUCUAUGAUGCUACUUUGGCUCUGAAAGCGCUUGGAAUCUGUAUUUUCUCCGCUGAAAUCGGAAGACAGACAGCAUCGGAGCGCCAAUGGGAGGUCUACCGGUUCCUGCUGGAGGACAGCAAAGAAUUUCCCUUAUCAAACAGCCUAACUAAUAGGAACCGUGUUGUCGAUAGGGUAAGGAAAACACUGAUGGGCUGCUUCAACUGAUGACUCGAUUUCUAUCUCCAUGAAUCAAAAGCUUAAGAAAGCAUCCAAUGUACCCGGUUAAUCACCUACUGAAAGCUAAAGCUUGAAAGUGAUUGCUGCAGUAGGUCAAUGUGUCCAGUUAAUUACCUACCGAAAGCCCAAAUUACGGCUACUCCAGGGUGUCCCAGUCUCAUUGCUUAACUGUCCUGGCCAAAGUGGUCUUCAUGGUGCCCAGUAUCUUGCAAUUACCAGCUUUUGCUUCGUGUCAUACUGUGUGCAAUGAUCAGGGUGUAUGACCAAUUUUUCAAGAUCAGUGGUGACGGAAAACUGCACAAGGCUUUGUGAUGUUGCAGCCUUGCAUUAUUUCGAAGAUGGCAAUCUAUGGUCAACAGAUGAACACCGGACAAUUGACAGAAGCCUUCAGUUUGAUGCUCCCCAAAACAAUGAUGCUCCUUGGAGCUGCAUCCACUGUGAAGUGUAGUUCAUAAUCAGUGGGAAACAUGAAAUGAAUGGCAGCCUCCUGCAUUAUCCUAUUGCCAGGAAGGAAAGCAAGACAGAAGGAACAUGUUUGGUGGGAGGUGCAAUCAUUAUGCUUUGUUCCGGUCAAGGGAUUACUGGAUGCUGACACAGAUACUGCUUCAGUUGGUUGUAGAUUAAUGCAGAAUGUUGUGCUAUCUGCCUCACCUGCCUGCCCCCUUCCUGCCUUCUUGUAUGAUUGCCGCUUUUGUCAAUAGAAUAGGCGUGUCCCUGAUUCAGGGUUUGGAAGUUGCACUUCAUUUAUGGAAAUUAUAUGUACAAAGCUGGGAAUUAUCGAAGGAAUGUUGUUGUACUUAUUGCUACUUUGUAUGAUUGCUGCUUUGCCAAUAGACUAGCCCUGUCUCCUAA